UACAACUUAAACCACAACAAAACGCUUGCAAAUUCUCGUUUUGGCAAAUUGACGCUUCCGCUGUUGACCCCCUUUCCAGCUCUCCGUAAACUCUUCCCCUACCAAACAAAAGAACCACAGACCAAAAUGGACCCAACCGCACCCUCCGCAUCCGGUGGUGGCGGCGGCGGCGGAGGCCCUGCACCUUUCCUUCUAAAGACAUACGACAUGGUGGACGACUCAUCGACCGAUGAUAUUGUGUCUUGGAGUUCCAACAAAAAGAGCUUUGUCGUUUGGAACCCUCCUGAAUUUGCCCGCCUUUUGCUUCCCACCUAUUUCAAGCACAAUAACUUCUCCAGCUUCAUCAGGCAGCUUAAUACCUAUGGAUUCCGUAAGAUUGAUCCUGAAAGGUGGGAAUUUGCUAAUGAAGAUUUUGUGAAAGAUCAAAAGCAUCUUCUUAAGAAUAUCCACCGUAGAAAACCUAUUCACAGCCAUAGUCAUCCUCAGGGUUCUUUGAUAGAUCCGGAAAGAGCUGGAUUUGAAGAAGAAAUAGAAAAGCUUUCACGUGAGAAAGCUGCACUUGAGGCUAAUGUCUUGAGGUUUAGACAAGAGCGAUCAGCUGCGAAGCAUCAGUUGGAAGAACUGGCACAGCGAGCUGAUCAAAUGGAGCGGAGGCAGGACACUUUGUUUAACUUCUUAGAAAAGGCUGCUCAAGACCCUAUUUUUGUUGAACAUCUUGUUCGUAAGAUUGAAUCUAUGGAUGUCACAGCAUAUAACAAGAAAAGGCGACUGCCUCAAGUUGAUCAGAUCAAGCCAGUUGGAGAAAAUAGUCUUUUGGACAAUAACAGUAGUUCUAGAUCUGAGUUUGGAAAUAUUUUCCACCAAGAUUUCUCAAACAAGCUAAGACUAGAAUUAUCACCAGCUGUGUCAGAUAUCAACUUGGUUUCUCAUAGCACACAAAGUUCCAAUGAAGAUGGUGUUAGUCCACAGAGAAGGAUAUCUGAAGGAGAACCAAAAGAUGCACAAACCAGACCUGAGGGCCUUUUAUUUACACCGGAAACAUUAGACCUUUCGGAUACAGGGACAUCUUUUACAUUCAAAAUGGAUUCAUCUUUCACUCAAAGAGUACCAAUGAAUGAAAGCCCACCAGUGCAUAGCUUGCAACAGAGAUUAAAUUCCAAUGAAGAACCCGAUAGUCAUAUUUCCUGCCAAUUAAAUCUAACUCUGGCAUCCUCUUCUUUGCAAGUUAAUAGAAGUCCUAGCUUAACUAGGAUGUCCCAACAAGGUCAGGAAACUGGAAAAGGCCCCGAGUCAAGGUCUAAUGCCAACACUAAAGACUCUGAUACUAGAGCUUUUGAGAACAACAGAAACAUGGUUGAUGACGAAGCAGCAUUAUCUUCACCAAUAGAAGCCCCUAAUAUAAAUCAAGAGCCUGCAGCUCCUCCAGUUAGGGUAAAUGAUAUAUUCUGGGAACAGUUCCUCACUGAAAGACCUGGUUCCUCAGAAAAUGAAGAGGCAAGUUCUAGUUACCGGGCAAACCCAUACGAAGAGCAAGAAGACAAACGGUCAGGCUAUGGACUACUGAGGAAUGCUAAGAACAUGGAGCAACUUAGUCUUUGAGCAGCAAAGUUGCCAUAAAUCCAGUGAAUGGUCUAUAUGUAAAGGUUUCUCACUCUGUUUCUUGCUUUUGAUACUUGUAGUUGAUAUACAUAUAUAUAUGGCAUAAUUUUAUCUGUAAACGUCUAUAAUUGGGUUGAAUUUAAUAAUGCUGAAUUCCAACUGUUUGGUUGCUGCAUAUUGCUCAACAUAAGUGCUAGAAUUGGAGAGAUAACAACCAUGUAGCAUUAUUAAAAUUGAAUUUUAUAGUUGUGUGGCCUAGUUUUCAA